GAGGAUCAGCGCGCUCACAAUGAUGAACAGCCUCCCCCGCAAAAUGACACCGUAGGACCUACGAACGAGGAUGCGAUAAGUGGUGAACCUUCUGUGGUGCCGCCAUCAGGGAUCUCGAACACUGGGCGUUCCCAGCCAUCAAAACUUCACGUACAGGAAAGCACCCCCAACUUGAAUGUUGUAUCGGAUGGCGAUUUAGCUCCCGAGGGGGAGAAGGACGUGGUAGAGAUGGACGUGGAGAAGAAGGACGCGGAUGAGAAGGACGCGGAGAAGGACCAGCCAACUUUAAACGAAUUAGCAAGUGUCAUGAAACAAGUAUUGGGUGUUCUCCAGGACUCGACGAUUGCGUCGAAGAGUGGCAAGGACCACCGCUCUCGUUUCUGGGGGGUGUACAAAAGAGUCGCAGAGGAGCACGACGGCGAGUUCCUUGAGCGAUACACCAGUGACAUGGACAUUGUUUUGGUCUUCUCUGGUCUUUUCUCUGCUGUCAGCACGUCUUUUAUUGUGGCAAUGGAGCCCAAUCUCAAUCCCAACCCCAGCGACACGACGAAUGCUCUUCUCACACAACUCGUACAAAUCGGACUCGGAAACCUCACUGCAGCGGGUACUGCGGCCGCAGCGCCAGGAUCUACGUGGUCGCCGUCACCGACGACUGUAUGGAUCCAAAUGAUCGCAUACGCAAGCUUGUCCAUGAGCUUGCUCGCUGCUUUCGGGGCCGUACUGGGCAAACAGUGGCUCGGGUACUACAAGUCGAACAGAUAUGGCCGCGGCUCGCAAGAGGAACGAGGAAAGCGCAGGCAAGAGACGUUCGACGGCAUCAUCACAUGGUAUUUUGAUGCUGUCGUGCAAUCCUUUCCGGUCUUACUUCAGAUCUCCCUUCUUCUUUUUGGGAUUGCGCUCGGCGCCAAUAUGUGGACCGAACAACCGAGCAUUGCCUGGGUCAUCAUUGCUACAACGGUCUUCGGAUUUCUGUUCUAUUCGCUGACCGUGAUGGCAUGUUUGAUAUCUCCCGCCUGUCCAUUUCAAACGCCGAUAUCGACGAUAUUGCGGAUGUUGCGCAUCGACAGUAAGAUCAUCUUGUGAAUUCUGAUGG